AUGAAAUUAGACAAAAAGAGUCAGAAAGCCCUCAGCAGAGCACACAUGUCUGUGGUUAAAAGUUUCCACACCAGAAAGCUGUUACUUUCAGAAAUUUGUUACCUCAUCAUCCCUCAUUAUGUGCUUGCAAAUCAAAGCAACAUGAACACAGUUUACUUCUUUACCUUUUUUUGUUUCAUCGGGGCAGAAAACAUUGGGCAACCAACCAGUUUACAAACUUCUAAACUUGGAGAUAAUGUCACAAUUGAGUGCUACUUACCAGACAAAGACUUUCAUUACAUGGUGUGGUAUAAGCAGGAGUUGAAGAAGACACCCAAACUUAUUUCAAGAUAUUACAAUUACCUGAGACAAGCUACAUUUUUUGAUGGAUAUAAUGAUGGUCGUUUUAAUGUAACAAUAGACAAAGGUAUUUUUCAUUUACACAUUUCAAUGUCAAAGAAUGAAGAUAUAGCAACAUACUUUUGUGGAGCUGUAAUGUUAGUUGAGCUGAAAUUUGGACCUGGAACAUUUUUGAUACUUCAAGGAGAGCACACCAGUACAACAGUUCUUCAGGAGCUAAUUUCAGAUGAAGUUCAUCUUGGAGACAAAGUCACCUUCGUGUGCAGAGUCAAAACAGUACAUGGAAAAUGUUCAGGAGGAUACAACGCAUUUUGGAUCAGAAAGGGCUCAGAUGAAUAUCAUCCCAGUAUCAUUUACACUGAUGGAGAUAUAGAGAAGCGGUGUGAAGAGAGCUCUGACAAUGGUUCUACUACAAAGAGUUGUAUUUAUAACCUCAUAAAAACGAACCUAAGCAUAACUGAUGCUGGCACUUACUACUGUGCUGUAUCUGCAUGCAACAAGAUAAUGUUUGGAAAUGGGACUACACUGGAAUUUAACCUGCAACACGAUAGCAGCUUCACAGCAGCAUUGUUGAAUCCAGUGUUUCUUACACUGGUCUCGUCAAACAUAAUUUCUUUGAUAAUAAUGAUCUCACUUGCGGCUGUGCACCAAAACGUCUCAUCAGAUCUGAUCAAGAUACAUCUCAACAGCCUCAUGGAACAGGACAGACACAAUGACCAUAGGGAACUGGACAGGCUCAUUGAUGGCCACCGGGAACAGAACAGGCUUGUCGAAAGCCUCAGAAAACAGGACAUACUGGACAACGGCCGCUGUGGACUGGACAGACUUGAUGACCAGGGGGAACUGGACCAGCUGUGA